UAGCUUUUGGGAUUUCAUAUAUUUAUUCUUUGAUCACAAUAACUAGUUGAUGAUUGUAUUUAUAUUUCGCUUCAAAAUACUCUUAAUUGAUAAAGGAUGAAAAUCAAGACUUUUAUCUUCGUGUUAUUUCUUUGUGCACAAAUCCUUAUCUCUGUUGUGACAAUUGAGUUAUUCAAAGAUGAGAAACAAUUUGGGGUAAGAGAAGAAUUCAAAACCAAAGUUGAGAUAAAUGAAUUGGGCAAGACCUACUGGAGAAUGGGGAGAAAGCCAGGAAGAGGUAAAGACAAAAAAGAUGUGCAAGAUCCCGCCGUUGGAUCAGGCUCAGAAGGAAAUAGUGGUGAAGGAGGUGUACAACCCAUAGGUGUUGAAAGCGGAGGUGAAAAAGAAAUUGGAACUGACACUAAUGAAUGAUUAGCAAGAAGAGAAAACAAUUAAAAAGAUUAUGGUGGUCAUGCAUUUGUGUAUUCUAUCGCAUGUAUGUAGUAUCUUAAAUCUUAAAUAAAUGUAAAGACUAUUUUAAUCCA